AUGUGGCUGACGCUUGCAGGGAUUGCAGGUUACCUGCUAAGUUGGGCUGGUGCAGAGCUGCGUGGACUGUGCUACCAAACGCUUGGGAAAUACUUCACGUUCCGUCUGGCAGUGCAGGAAGAUCAACCGCUAAUCACCUCUGGCCCGUACGCAUACCUUCGCCAUCCGGGGUAUCUGGGCGCCUUCCUACAGGGCUUUGGCAUGGAGCUAUCCCUCAUCCUGGCGAAUCCGAUUUCACUGUGUUAUGGACGGAACUUAUUCAAAUACAGCAAGGAGGUCGAGAUCAUACUCCUCAUUCUUGGAUUCUUCCCGGGCAUAGUAGCGAUGUUACGGCGUAUGACGGAGGAGGAGAUGAUGAUGAAAGCAAAAAUUGGCAAAGAGUAUACAGAUUGGGAGAGGAGAACGUGGCGGCUGAUCCCCUUUAUUUAUUGA